CCUUGCCACAUCCUGCCAUCCAUCCAUUCGAGGGCACCAAACCCGAGCACCACCAGCAGCAGCGCCAUAGCAAGCGGCUAGCAGCGCAGCAAAAGCCUCCGAUCCAUCACCCAAUCCCAAGCGCAGAUCCACAAGAAGCAUCCAUCCAUGUGUGGCGGCGCGAUCAUCUCCGAGUUCAUCCCGCAGCGUGACGCCCGCGGCAAGCGGGGCCUCUGCGCCGAGGACUUGUGGCCGCACCCGGCCGCCGGCAUCGACGACGUCGUCCCUGCCGCCGACGGCUACGAGUUCACCGGCGCCGCCUCCUUCCCACACGACCAAGAGCCGGCGAGGAAGCGGGAGCGCAAGACCAUGUACCGCGGCAUCCGGCGGCGGCCGUGGGGCAAGUGGGCGGCGGAGAUCCGCGACCCGGCCAAGGGCGCGCGCGUCUGGCUCGGCACCUUCGCCACCGACGAGGCCGCCGCGCGGGCCUACGACCGCGCCGCGCGCCGCAUCAGGGGCUCCAAGGCCAAGGUCAACUUCCCCAACGAGGACCCGCCGCCCGACGACGACGACCACCAGGCGAUGAUGCCCGUCUCCCUCGUCACGGACUACGCCGCCGCCGGCAUCGGCUUCUUCCACGGCCAGCACCACCCGUACGCGCCGGUCAUGGCGGCGCUGCCGCCGGAGGACGCCGUGGCGGCGUACGUGCAACACCACCAGCCGUUGCCGCAGCAGGACGCCGGGAUGGACAUGUGGACGUUCGAUGCCAUCAACACGGGCGUGCCACUCUGACCACAAACAGAUGCUGAUGAUGCAUGCAUCCUGCUUGGCUGCUGCUUCCUGUAUUACGUUUACGUACUGCUGCUAGCUUAGACUUGCCGCUUGUUUAAUUCCCAAUACGUAUCUGCCGCCGUUUUCCAAUACAGCAGUAGUAGUAGUAUUUCGCUAGGGGUUUUAUACUUUUCAUUAUACUGUAGCUGUAGGAGAGAUUUAUCUCCCAAAUGCAACUCUAUCUAUAGCUAGGGGUGGUCGGGUGGCAGUCAGAUGAAUUCUCCGCGAAUAAUAAAUUGCCAUGGAUUUCAUA